CACGAUGAGAUGAUUCAAAAGAAGCCAGGGUCUAUCACAAUAGAUCGCAACCAAUAUAGCGUAGAUGACGAAUCCGAUGAUAGUUUCACUUUUAUCGCUAGAAAUGAUGAUACUAAUCCCGCAGUGAAAAAUGAAGGCUUUAAAUUUAGAUUGGAAACUUCGACUCAAGCUUCGAAGAAAAGGCAUUUUGGACAUCAAAUUCAUCGACAGCUUUCUAGAACAACUUCGACAUCGAGAUCAAUGAAAGCCAGACAACCGAAUGACGACAUGCCUCUCGAAUUUUCAACCGCUACAACUAUCAUGCUCAAAGAUAAUAAAAAUGUAGAUCAUACAGAUAGUGUCAAAGAAGUAUUUAUCUCGCAUCCUGAAACGAGUACGCAAAAUGCACCCAUUCGACGACGUCGACGUCAUCAUCGCAAAAGGUGUUCUUACCGUCAGUGCAAUCGACGAAUGUCCAAUGACUUUAUUACCGAUGCGUCGGAUGAAAUUAUCUCCGUACACGAUCGACGUCUUCGUUCCAUCGAAUUCUACGAUAUAGAACACAAGUCCAAAUACUUGGCGAAAAAAAGUGGCACAAGAUACGCAUAUUUGAGCAGAAUACGUCGGGCAGCUACUGCGAGAAAGGAACGAGUGUGGGAUCACGGUGUGAUUCCUUAUGAGAUCGACGGCAAUUUUUCUGGCGCACACAAGGCCUUAUUCAAGCAAGCGAUGAGACACUGGGAAAAUUUCACUUGUGUCAAAUUCGUGGAGAGGAUGCCUAGAGAGCAUCCCAAUUACAUUUUGUUUACGGAAAGACCUUGUGGGUGUUGUUCAUUCGUUGGAAAGAGAGGUAACGGACCGCAGGCUAUUAGUAUUGGGAAAAACUGUGAUAAGUUUGGUAUAGUUGUACACGAAUUGGGUCAUGUUGUUGGAUUUUGGCACGAACAUACCCGACCGGAUCGUGAUCGUCACGUACAAAUCAUCCGCGAUAACAUUAUGAGCGGUCAGGAGUACAAUUUCAACAAAUUGACAGAGGAAGAAGUAAAUUCACUCGGCUUGCCUUACGAUUAUGAUUCUAUUAUGCAUUACGCAAAAAACACCUUUUCGAAGGGCACUUAUCUGGACACAAUCUUACCUAUGGAAACUUAUGGAAAAAAGAGACCCGAGAUCGGACAGAGAAUUAGAUUGAGCGAGGGUGACAUCGCACAAACGAAUCUUUUGUAUAAAUGUCAGAAAUGCGGUAGAACUUUCCAGGAGAACAGCGGCAGCUUCGGAUCACCGAAUCAUCCGAAUAAUUCUCCGUCUAUCGAUGGAGAACGAUGCGAAUGGAGGAUUACGGCGACGCAUGGUGAACGUAUCGUAUUAAACAUCACAUCUCUCGAUAUAUUCAAAAGCGAUUACUGUCGCAGCGAUUAUUUGGAAAUUCGAGACGGAUACUGGUACAAGAGCCGAGUGUUGGGUCGAUAUUGCGGCAGUGGCAAAAUGCACGAACCUAUAGUAUCGAGUGGAAGUCGCAUGCUGGUAACGUAUGUAACAUCCAGCAGACAAAGUGGCCAUCGUGGUUUCACUGCGAAUUACGAGGCUGUUUGCGGCGGUGAUGUCGAAUUGGAUGGCGUAGGACAUUUGGAGUCACCAAACUAUCCAGAGGAAUAUCAAUCCAGUAAGGAAUGCGUGUGGAAGUUGUCCGUACCUCAGGAUUAUCAAGUGGCCUUGAAAUUUCAAUCUUUUGAGAUCGAGAAUCAUGACAAUUGCGUGUACGACUACGUUGAAGUGCGUGACGGACAUAGCAAUGAUUCUCCCUUAAUCGGCGUUUAUUGCGGAUACAAGAUACCGCCAGAUAUUAAGUCGACGGGAAACAAGCUGCUCGUUAAGUUCGUCAGCGACGGUUCCGUGCAAAAGGCUGGUUUCUCGGCAACUUUUAUGAAAGAAUUCGACGAGUGCAUGUUAACGGAUCACGGUUGCGAGCACGACUGUAUCAAUACACUCGGUGGGUACGAAUGCUCGUGUAAAAUUGGUUACGAGUUACACUCGGAUGGUAAACAUUGCGAAGACGCUUGUGGUGGAUUUUUCGACGAUAACAAUGGUACUAUUACGAGUCCAUCGUUUCCUGAAACUUAUCCGGGAAACAAAAAUUGCGUAUGGGAAAUUAUCGCUUUGCCUCAAUAUCGUAUUACUUUAAAUUUUACGCAUUUCGAUCUCGAAGGCAACAACGUAUAUCAGGAGGAAUGCGAGUACGAUUCCGUAGAAGUGGCGAGCAAGCUAGGAGAUGACGUUCUCAGAAAGCAUGGGAUAUUCUGCGGUGCACGACUACCGCCACUGAUCACAUCCGAAGGCAAUUUUAUGAAGAUCACCUUUACAUCCGACAACAGCGUUCAAAAGUCAGGCUUCGCUGCCAUAUUUUUUACGGAUAUGGAUGAGUGUGCCAAUAACAAUGGUGGAUGUCAGCACGAAUGUAAAAAUACGAUAGGCUCUUAUCAGUGUUCUUGCCACAAUGGAUUUACACUUCACGAAAAUGGUCACGAUUGUAAAGAGGGUGGCUGCAAAUACGAGAUUACCGCACCUGUGGGUACAAUUACUUCACCAAAUUAUCCGGAUUAUUAUCCUGGGCGUAAGGAUUGCGUUUGGCACUUUACUACGAAGCCAGGCCAUCGGAUAAAACUAGUUUUUAAGGUUUCGAGAUGGAACCGCACCAAGAAUGUGCGUACGAUCACAUCGCUAUUUACGACGGAGAUUCACCAGACAGCCUCACGUUAGGCAGAUUUUGCGGUAACAAAGAGCCACAUCCAAUUCUCGCAACGGGCAAUCAAAUGUAUAUGGUCUUUAAGAGCGAUGCUUCCG